AGGCUGGAGCUUGGAGUGGGCAACGCGGCGUGAGCAGCAGCCCCAGGCACCCGAAGCAUCGCUCUCGAAGAAGAUCUCGCUGCUCGGGGCCGCAGCCUGUGUGAUCUCAUCGCUGCCCUGUCGUGACUUCAUCAAUGUCGUGUUGUGACCUGGCUGCGGUGGGACAGGUCCAGCCCUUGCAAGGGGCUCCCCUGAGGGAGUUGGGCAAGGCGGGCACCAUGGCCUCGGAUUGCGAGCCAGCUCUGAACCAGGCAGAGGGCAGAAACUCCACCCUGGAGCGCUACCUGGGAGCCCUCCGAGAGGCCAAGAAUGACAGCGAGCAGUUUGCAGCCUUGCUGCUAGUGACCAAGGCAGUCAAAGCAGGUGACAUCGAUGCCAAAACUCGGCGGCGAAUCUUUGAUGCCGUUGGCUUCACCUUCCCCAAUCGUCUCCUGACCACCAAGGAGGCGCCAGAUGGCUGCCCUGACCAUGUUCUCCGGGCCCUUGGCGUGGCCUUGCUGGCCUGCUUCUGCAGUGACCCUGAGCUGGCCGCACAUCCUCAGGUCCUGAACAAGAUCCCCAUCCUUAACACUUUCCUCACAGCCCGGGGGGACCCUGACGAUGCUGCCCGCCGCUCCAUGAUCGAUGACACCUACCAGUGCCUGACAGCUAUGGCAGGCACACCCCGUGGGCCCCGGCACCUCAUUACUGGUGGCACCGUGUCUGUCCUGUGUCAGGCAUACCUUGGGCACGGCUAUGGUUUUGACCAGGCCCUGGCACUCCUGGUGGGGCUGCUGGCGGCUGCCGAGACCCAGUGCUGGAAGGAGGCGGAGCCCGACCUACUGGCUGUGUUGCGGGGCCUCAGUGAGGAUUUCCAGAAAGCCGAAGAUGCCAGCAAGUUUGAGCUCUGCCAGCUACUGCCCCUCUUUUUGCCCCCAACAACCGUGCCCCCUGAAUGCCUCCGGGAUCUGCAAGCCGGACUGGCACGCAUCCUGGGCAGCAAGUUGAGCUCCUGGCAGCGCAACCCUGCACUGAAGCUGGCAGCCCGCCUGGCACACGCCUGUGGCUCCGACUGGAUCCCAGCAGGCAGCUCUGGGAGCAAAUUCCUGGCCCUGCUGGUGAAUCUGGCAUGUGUGGAGGUGCGGCUAGCACUGGAGGAGACAGGCACAGAGGUAAAAGAGGACGUGGUAACUGCCUGCUAUGCCCUCAUGGAGUUGGGGAUCCAGGAGUGCACCCGCUGUGAGCAGUCACUGCUUAAGGAGCCACAGAAGGUGCAGCUCGUGAGCGUCAUGAAGGAGGCCAUUGGGGCUGUCAUCCACUACCUUCAACAGGUGGGGCCAGAGAAGCAGAAGGAGCCGUUUGUGUUUGCCUCGGUACGGAUCCUGGGUGCCUGGCUGGCCGAGGAGACUUCAUCCCUGCGUAAGGAGGUUUGCCAGCUGCUGCCCUUCCUCGUCCGCUAUGCCAAGAGCCUCUACGAGGAGACCGAGGAAACCAAUGACCUCUCCCAGCAGGUGGCCACCCUGGCCAUCUCCCCCACCACCCCAGGGCCCAACUGGCCAGAGGAUGCUCUGCGGCUCCUUCUGCCCGGCUGGUGCCACCUGACAGUUGAAGAUGGGCCCCGGGAGAUCCUGAUCAAGGAGGGAGCCCCUUCACUUCUGUGCAAGUAUUUCCUGCAGCAGUGGGAACUCACAUCCCCUGGCCAUGAUACCUCAGUGCUGCCCGACAGUGUGGAAAUCGGCCUGCAGACCUGCUGCCACAUCUUCCUCAACCUCGUGGUCACUGCACCCGGGCUGAUCAAGCGUGAUGCCUGCUUCACAUCUCUUAUGAACACCCUGAUGACAUCUUUGCCUGCACUAGUGCAGCAACAGGGGAGGCUGCUUCUGGCUGCCAAUGUUGCCACCCUGGGUCUCCUCAUGGCCCGGCUCCUUAGCACCUCUCCAGCUCUUCAGGGAACACCAGCAUCCCGAGGUUUCUUCGCAGCUGCCAUCCUCUUCCUUUCGCAGUCUCAUGUGGCACGGGCCACACCUGGCUCAGACCAGGCAGUGCUGGCCCUGGCCCCUGACUACGAGGGCAUCUGGGCUGACCUGCAGGAGCUCUGGUUCCUGGGCAUGCAGGCCUUCACAGGCUGCGUGCCCCUGCUGCCCUGGCUGGCCCCUGCUGCCCUGCGCUCCCGCUGGCCGCAAGAGCUGCUCCAGCUGCUAGGCAGUGUCAGUCCUAACUCCGUCAAGCCCGAGAUGGUGGCCGCCUAUCAGGGUGUCCUGGUGGAGCUAGCUCGGGCCAACCGGCUGUGCCGGGAGGCCAUGAGGCUGCAGGCGGGUGAGGAGACAGCCAGCCACUAUCGCAUGGCCGCCCUGGAGCAGUGCCUGUCAGAGCCCUGAAGGGGUAUCCACUGGGGACAGACCGGGGCGGGCAGCGAGGGAAGGAGGGAGGAGACAUCUUCCCUGAAGCCCCCAACUGGAUCCACCUCCCCCAGACUCCCCCCCACCCCAAACUCUCCAGCUUUUCUGGCUUUUUCGAGGACAAGGGCUUGGCGCCCACCCCUCAAGUGUAAGGAACUGCGUCCCGCUCCCCACCCACAGGCCCUGAAGGGGGCAGGGAUCAGCUUGGAAAUCAAAGUGGCUGGCCCCGCCAGGCUGGGGAAGGUUGGAGCAGCCCCCAGGGAGGGGAUACUAAGUAUCAUUGUGCCAGAUGUCUGGCUCCCCAGCACGAGGGAGACCCCAGGGUGGGACAGGGCUGGCAGGAGCUGACCGCCUCAGCCCAUGUGCCCUGCCGGCCAGGGCGUGGGCUCCCCUAGGCUGCAGUGCCCCCUUGGCUCCCCAGGUCCCACGUCCUUCAGAUUGGCCCUUUGGCUCUUGCCCUUGGCUCCCUUGGGCAGAGAGCAGGCUCAGGCCAUUGACAUCAUAGUUCUUCCUAGCAACUUCAGUGGCCCAGGGUCUGAAAUGCCCCCAUCCUUCCAGAGAAGCAGGGCAGAAAGGCCUGGGUGGGGGUGUGGAAACCUUCCUCCUGAGCUUCCUUGAUGGGACACAGGAAUCCUUGGGCCCUGGUCUCCAGGCUUUUGUGUUGUGUUACAGCAGCGUGGUGAUAGGGGUCGGGGGGUUAUUUAUUUUGCCUGUCCUUACCCCUGCGUGGACACCUGAGUGUCUGAUCCCAGUCCUCCUGGUGCCAUGUGGCCUGGCUGGAGCCAGGAAUGGGAGGGACACUUCCCUAGAAACUGCAUGUUUCCCCAGUGAUCACACCCCUUCACCACCGUGGUGCCUGGCUUAAACCCCCACCCCUGCUUAUGACUCCUCUCUGCAGAGAAACGCGACUGGCGGCUCCAGCAGGGACUACCUUUCUUAUGAACCUAGGGGGAACCCCCCCCCCACACACA